UCACGCCAUCACUCGCUGGCGUCGCGUCGCGUCUUAGUUGUCCUCGGAGACAGACGUGUCCGCGGAGCGCGCCAUUACGCCGCUAUACAAAUUCAAUUUAUUUUAAUUGUUCCCAAACAAUUCAGUGUUAAGUGUACUGACGACGUUAAUGGGACAUCAAAUCAGAUAGAAUAAGAUCACACAAUGACGCGGUUCAAGACAAUAUUGGUGACCGGGGGCGCGGGGUACAUCGGCAGUCAUUGCGUGGUGGACCUCCUCGAGGCCGGAUACGAAGUGGUGGCAAUAGACAACUUCGCGAACGCAGUGGGCGACGACCACGGCUCUCCCGCGCUACAGCGAGCUGAACAAAUCACUGGCAAAACUAUCACCUUCUACAAAGCAGAUCUACUUGACAAACCGCAAAUAAAUGACAUCUUCGACAAGCACCAAGUGGACUGCGUCAUACAUUUUGCGGCUCUGAAGGCGGUCGGAGAGUCGAUGCAACAACCACUUCUCUACUAUCAGAACAAUUUACUGGGAAUGCUUAAUUUAUUAGAGGUGAUGAGGUCUCACAACUGCUAUCAAAUGGUGUUCUCAUCAUCUUGCACGGUGUACGGCGAGCCGGAGCAUCUGCCCAUCACCGAGACACAUCCUACAGGGAAGAUCACCAACGUGUACGGCAGAACCAAGUACUUCAUUGAAGAGAUGCUGAAAGAUCUUAGUGUGGCAGAAAAGAGAUGGAACAUAAUAUCACUGCGGUACUUCAACCCGGUGGGGGCGCAUCCCUCGGGGCUCAUCGGCGAGGACCCGACCAAGGAGUUCACGAACCUCAUGCCGUUUAUGGCUCAAGUUGCUUUGGGCAAGAAACCCGUGCUCACCGUCUUCGGCAACGAUUAUAACACGCCUGAUGGCACUGGUAUUCGUGACUACAUUCACGUGAUGGAUUUAGCCAACGGUCACGUCGCAGCAUUGAAACUAUUGAAUGAUAAUCAAGUUGGUUUGAAGGUAUAUAACUUGGGGACCGGCAAGGGUGUGUCAGUAAAGGAACUGGUGGAUGUGUUCGAGCGCGUGACGAGUACUCGGAUCCCGCUGCAGUACGUGUCGCGGCGGCUCGGCGACAUCACCGCGAUGUGGGCGGACGCCACGCUCGCGCGGGACGAGCUCGGCUGGACAACUAAAUACACUAUUGAAGAGAUGUGCACCGACUUUUGGAGAUGGCAGACAAUGAACCCAGAUGGAUAUCCCAAAAAGAACACGAAAACUACUGUCAUUAUUACCAAUGGAAACAGCUAAAACUAAAACAAUAAAAUGAUUUAUUUAUAA